AUGCGUUCCCAAUUGUCACAUUUCGGAAUGCCGUCCCAUCGAUCCAAAGCAAUCACUUAUCAACAUCAAGACAGCUUGCCACAUUUACCUGUCCCUGAGCUUCAAUCGACAGCUCACAAGUACUUUCGCUCCAUCUUACCCCUCGUCUCUCCUCAAGAACCUAACACUCCCAGUGCCUCUGAUCUUACUCCUACUCCAUCCUAUGAACAUACCAAAGCUUGUAUAGAAGAUUUCCUCAAGUCACCCUUGGUUAAAGAACUCCAAGCUAGAUUGAAGAAGCGCGCCGAGGAUGAAGGACAUGACAAUUGGUUAAGCGACUUGUACAAUCAGUGGGCAUAUAUGGGAGCUCGCGAGCCCUUGAUCCCCUUCUCGUCUUAUUACAUUGCCCAUAAGCCUGAUCAUCGGUGGACAACCGCUGCCAAAAGAGCUUCUGGAUUGGUUCGAGCCAUCCUGGAGUUUAGAAAUCUACUAGAAGCAGAACAACUUGAACCCGAAUUGGCGAGAUCUGUGCCGCUUUGUAUGGCCGGCUACAGAUGGCUCUUUAACUCUUGUAGAUAUCCUUCGAAGCCCUCUGACACUGCCAAGAAGUUCGACCCACAAGUCAAUAAUCACUUGGUAGUAAUUAGGAAAGGGCAGUUUUUUGAGUUCUCAGUCACUAAACCUGACGGGAGUUGGUUAUCAACAACUGAACUAGAAUUACAAUUUGAAAAAGUAAUUAAAUUAGCUGGCCCAACUGAAACCCCAUUUCCAGUGGGAGUCCUUACGACUCAAGAUCGCGAUGCAUGGGCCGAUACACGAGUUGAAUUAUGCAAUACCAAUUGUCACAAUAUUAAAUCUCUUGAAAGAAUUGAGUCUAGCAUACUAUGCGUGGCUCUAGAUGAUACUUCUCCGAUAACAAGAGAUGAACUUGGAACCAGUCUCUGGUCUGGUGGGGGCAAGAACAGGUUUUUUGAUAAGCAGCAAUUGAUUGUUUGUGAAAAUGGAGAGAGCGGCUUCAAUGCCGAACAUUCUUGCAUGGAUGGAACGCCGGUUGCCAGGAUGAACGAUUGGAUAGUCGACGUGCUCGCCAAGGAAAAGAUUGACUUAGGGACCAGCUCUCAAUCCAAUUUACCAACCCCAAGUCCUAUAGAAUUUGUGCUAUCAGAUACCAACAAGCAGAAUAUCCUGAAAGCAAUUACGAAAUUUGAAAGCUUGAUGUAUCCCCAUACAUUGGAGGUCCUGGAUUACGCCGGUUACGGGAGUCGUGUGAUCAAGAGCCAAUUCAAGUCGUCGCCGGACGCGGUUGCACAGAUGAUUUUCCAAUUAGGCUAUUACAAGCUGUUUGGCCGGGUACCAGUGACCUGGGAGCCGUCUCACACGAGGAAAUUCAAGCUGGGUCGAACAGAAGUGAUUCGUUCUUGUUCAAUCGAAGCUCUCGAAUGGUGUAAAGCUAUGGAAAACGACGGGGCUGAUUGGAACGGACGACUCGAAAGAUUCAAAAUUGCCGUCAAAGCACAUUUGUCAUAUUCUCAACAAGCAAGCGAAGGACAAGCUGUCGACAGACAUUUGCUGGGAUUGAGACUUUCUUUGAAUCCAGGGGAAGAAAUUCCGGCGUUGUUCCGAGAUCCGGUGUACAAAGAAUCUACCAGCUGGACCCUCGCGACCAGUCCCAUGCCCUCAGAAAAUUUUAACGGUUUCGGUUAUGGAGCAGUUGUACCUGACGGAUUCGGCUUGGGUUAUGCGGUCAAUAAAGAGUCGAUCAGGUUCACCGUCACCACACCCACCGAAAAUGGUGCACGAUUGAAACACUGCUUACAAGAAGCAGCAGAUGAUAUUUUGAAGAUGAUGAAAUUUGAAAAGGGUCAAAGUUCAAUCAGUGCCAAACUGUAA